AUGUAGUAGAAAAUAAUAUAUUUUUCUAAUCUAAAAAAUUUUACAGACUCUGAAUAAUUCUCUUACACAGAUCUGUAAAUUAGUUUAAGGGAAAAUUAAAUUGGUGAUUAGGGCAUAUCACCUUUGAGUUCUGCUUUAGCUCAGUGUAAAAAUCUCUAAUAUUUAAUACUCGAUCUCUUUUACAAUUCAAUAAGUGAUGAAGGCACACCAUUUUUAGGUUCUGGUUUAGCUAAAUGCGAAAAUCUUUCAAUUUUGACUCUCUAUCUUUGCGAAAAUAUUAUUGGCGAAAAAGGCAUAACAGCUUUAUUUUUAGGUUUAUCUGAAUGCAUUAAUCUCUCAAUUUUGAAAUUAGACCUCCAGUAAAAUAAAAUGGGUGAUAUCGGUGCUUCAGCUUUAGGUUUAUGUCUCGCUUAAUUAAGAAAUAUCACAGAUUUAGCACUCAACCUUGGGUCAAAUUAAAUUGGUGAAAAGGGUGCUUCAGAUUUGGGUUUUGGUUUAUCUAAGUGCUCCAAACUCAAAAUUUUGAAACUCGAACUUUACUUUAAUUAAAUUGGUAAAAAGGGUGCAAAAACCUUAGGCUUUAGUCUAGCUUUAUGCGUUAAUCUAAUUUCUUUCACGCUAAAUCUUGGGAGUAAUUACAUUGGAGAUGAAGCCCUCUCAGGGAUGACAUUUUUUUUAAGUUAGCGUACAAAUCUUUCAUCUUUAACACUUCAUCUUUGGCGAAAUAAAAUUGCUGAUGAUGGUAUUUCAGAACUUGCUUGUGCUUUAGCUCUUUGCUGUAAUCUGCAAAAUUUAAUCCUCAACAUAUAAUUGAAUCAAAUUAAUGAUAAGGGUUUUUCAUCUCUAGCUUCUGGUUUAUCUCGAUGCAAAAAUCUUUCAAGUUUUUAUUUCUACAUUUGGGGUAAUAAAAUGAAUAAGUAGGGUGCAUCAGCAUUGGGUUCUGCUUUAUCUCAGUGCACCAAUCUCUCAACUUUGAAACUUGAUUUCUUCGAAUCAAUACUAAAUGAUAGUAUAUUAGACUUUGCCUCUGGUUUAUCUCACUGUAAUAAACUGUUAACUUUGAAAAUUGACCUAAGAUGGAAUUUUUUAAAAGAUGAAGCCUUAUAAGAUUUGGGUUCUAGUUUGGCUUGUUGCUCUAAUCUUUCAAAUUUGACCCUCUAUCUCUAGUUGAACUCACAAACUCAAUUAGGGGUAUAAUUACUUUGUUCUAGCUUAGCUAAAAGCAAUAAUCUAAAAACUCUGACAAUUGGAGCCUCGUCUCGAUUUUAUCAACGGAAUUUGUCAAUUAUAAAUAGAAAUACUUUUAAAAUGAAGAGACUAGUAAAUAUAUUUUGA